AGAACGCUGAGAGCCGCCGCCCGGCGGGCGUGGAUGGAGCUGGCGGAGCCCGCGGGGCGCUGGGAGUGAGCGGCGGAGCGGCCGAUCGGCUGGACCUCAGCGGACUCGCCAUGGAGGAGGAGGGUGUGAAGGUGGGGGGCGAGAAGCCUCGGGGAGCGCGGACGGCGGACAAGGCUGGCUGGAUCAAGAAGAGCAGCGGGGGCCUCCUGGGGCUCUGGAAAGACCGCUAUCUGCUCCUCUGCCAGGCCCAGCUGCUGGUCUACGAGAACGAGGACGAGCAGAAGUGUGUGGAGACAGUGGAGCUGGGCAGCUAUGAGAAGUGCCAGGACCUUCGUGCCCUCCUCAAGCGGAAACACCGAUUCAUCCUGCUGCGCUCCCCAGGGAACAAGGUCAGCGACAUCAAAUUCCAAGCACCCAGUGGGGAGGAGAAGGAAUCCUGGAUCAAAGCCCUCAAUGAAGGAAUCAGCCGAGGCAAGAACAAGGCUUUCGAUGAGGUAAAGGUGGACAAGAGCUGUGCCCUGGAACAUGUGACUCGGGACCGAGUGCGUGGGGGACAGCGGCGCCGGCCACCUACAAGAAUCCACCUGAAGGAGGUAGCCAAUGCAGCCUCUGACGGACUUACACGCUUGGACCUUGAUGUUCUGGACAGCAGGCCACCGGCGUUCACUCCCAGCAACGACGUGAGUCCGGCCCAGCCCCGGGAGAUACCCCGGCCCCCCCUGCCUCCUACCAAGCCUUCCCCAGUGCCCGAGAUGGCCAUCCUUGGUGACAGAUUGGAAGCCCCUGUCGGGGAGAGAGCACCAACCCCUGUCUCAGCAAGCUCUGAGGCUCACCCUGAGGGCCAAGAGGACUCAGAGACCACAGUGGGGGAGGACAGUUUCCCUGAGCAGCUCUCCACCAAGGUCCUGCCUGAGAAACUGAAGGUGAGCUGGGAGAACCCCAGCUCCGAGGAGCCCCCUGACCCCGAGAGUGCAGAACCACCCCCGGUGCCCCACUCUGAGACUUCUGAGGCUUCGACCAAGGAGGGUGGGAAGCCCCCUACGCCCCCACCCAAGAUCUUAUCGAAGAAACUGAGAGCCUCCAUGAUUGGGGUGGAGGCUUCAGGGCUGGCCCAGAGUCCGGAGGCCUCUGAGACCUUGGCCCCAGGCCCAGCACAGGUCUCAGUGAAUGGAGUGGAUGACGGGCCUGAGCCUGACAAGCCGUCCCAGGCCGAGGACACCCCAGGAACUCCCCCACAGAAUGCAACGACGUCUACAGCACUGUUCCCCAGGGACCAGUCUCCUCCGUUCCAUCCCCGCUGCUCUUCCAUGGGGGACUUGCUUGGGGAAGGCCCCCAGCAUCCACGGCAGCCUAGGGGACGGCUGUACCGGGCCCAGCUGGAGGUGCAGGUGGCCUCUGAACAGACGGAGAAACUGUUGAACAAGGUGCUGGCCAGUGAGCCGGCCCCGGUGAGCGCUGAGACGUUGCUCAGCCAGGCUGUGGAGCAGCUGAGGCAGGCCACCCAGGUCCUGCAGGACAUGCGAGAUCUGGGAGAGCUGAGCCAUGCCCAGGAAGCACCUGGGCUACAGGAGAAGCGGAAGGAGCUGGUGACCCUCUACAGGAGAAGUGCACCCUAGGGCCUCCCAGGCCAGGUCAUGGUCCCUCCUGGCUGGCCCUGUCCACCAAAGCCCAGCCCUGCUGAGAAAUGUGCUUCUGCUCCGGCUGUUGAAGGGCUAUCGGCCAUGUCAGGGUUUGGCCAGGACCUCCAGAGGCUCCUGGUACCCUUCCUGCCCUGCCUGGGCCAGUGGUGCCUGUGGUGCCAGGUGCCACCCAGGCUGCUGUCUGGCUGCCUGGCCUGGCCUCUGGGCUCUGGCUUGGGCUGGGAGCACACACUCAGGACUUCUGUGCUUGCGUGGUUGUUCCGAACAACUGACCCAUGGCUGUGGCACAGCUCUGGGGGUUCUGGGGGUGGCAUUAUCUCUGCUUCUCUCCCCCAGUAGUUUACAUUCCUGACUCCAGAAUAGAGCGUGGGUGAGCCCCCACAGCCUCUGUGUCCAGAUGUCCUUCGGCAGAGAGCCUCGUGGCAAAGGCGGCUCCAGUUCGUAACCGACCCUCCCACCCACCUGUCCCCAGUAGCUGCUGAGGCCUCGAGUCUAGGCGGCAGAUUCCUCCCUCAGCUGAGACCUGGAACCCAGCAGUGGCCUCUGGGGGCAGGUUGGAGGCCUCUGUGUGAGAAAGCCAUGUGCCGCGUGGCCCCUCCUUGGGCCUUCCUAUUCUGCAGCCUUGCCCUCUGCUGAGCUGUGCCUGGAGGACUCCAGGGUGGAGGAGGAACUUGAAAGUUCUCCUAGUCUAGCUCCUGCCUCUGGACCAACUUGUGUCCAGCUUUGCACAUUCCUAUAGAGGUGGACUCCGAAAUGGCCUGCCGUCAACAUCUGAAAAUCCUGUAUGUAAUUCGUUAUCAGUCAGCCUUCAGAAGAGAAGCCAGCCCAACUUCUGUGCCUCCCCAGAUGGAAUUUGUGUCUGGGUCCCUAGUUCCUCCACAGCCCAAACAGGUCCAAUAGUGCAGUCCUUCCUUUUAAUGCUGAGGGGCUGUGUUGGCACCUGGAACUGCAUCCCCACUUCCCCACACACCACCUCUCUGGCUCAGGCCCUAGACAGACCGCUCCUCCCGAAGUUUCUGAUGGAAGGAGCGUUUUCUCCCGGCCUGUGCCGGCACCCCGGGCCUCCCGCUUGCCCCUCACCCCACCCUUCCCAAUCACCCCCGGCUCCCAGAGCCCACCCUGUCUUUGUCCUGCUGCCACAGCCGGACUGAGGGCAGACCCUGGGGGCACGAAGGCCCAGAGGGCCGCAGCCACUCUCCCUGGCGGGAGUGGGAGCAGCUCGACAGGCUUGCUCAGGGGGUUUCUGCAUGUGCACUUUCGUUUACUGAGGGAGGAGAGGGAAGGGUCUGGCCUUUCUGCCUACUGCCCCACCCCCGCCCCCCGUUGUGCCCGCCGCAGCCUGUACUGGGCGGGUGUGGGUGUGAGCAGAAGUGCCGUGGCUCGUGAGCCCCCACAGAUCUCCCCAAACCACACUCCUUGGAUACACUAGGCUCCCAUGCCACUGCCUGCCUGGCCCUCCAUCUGUCUCCAGGACAAGAGCAAGAACGGCAUCGAGUGCCCACAAUCUUGUGGCCCCUGGGCUCUCACUUUGGGGAACAGACCUCCUCUGAUAAGUGACCAGGCUGAGGGAGUAGCUCUGGGGCAGCCUCAGUGGCCUAAUGCCACUGGUCCUUGUGGGGUCUCCAUGCCCGGGCAGCCUGGACCCCAAGGGGGAAGCCAACUUCCAGAGGGCGGAGGGGACGAGGGUGGGGAAUAUGCAGAGGCUGCCUUGCCUGCCUCCUGGAGGAUGGCAUUCCACGUCUUCUGCUUAUGAAGCGCCUUCUUGAUGUUUGGUAAUAAAUCCCUUUUUAUGGAA